UCCGAUGUCAACAUGGUGGUGUUUUUGAAACUUUCAGAAACCCUCACGUAAAAAAUGCGAAUUAAAUACCUCAGAUAUUCGUCAAGAAUCUGGAGAUUGUGAACUAGUAAGAGAGACUGCCAGCAUCCGGAACAGGAAGAGGAAGAGGAUCUGCCCGAGGAAGGGUCUGAGGUUUCAUCUGAGCUGGUGGAGACAGCACCUGGAGCAGAGAGGAUGGAGAGUCCAGAGUCCUCUUUGGAGCAGCUGGACUCAGAGUUUGAUAAAGUGCUGGCGGACAUGAAACCGUAUGUCCUCAAACUGCCACACAAAGCAGAUCGCCAGAGGUGUGCUGUGUGGAUCAAGAAGCUGUGUGAGCCACCUGCUACAGGUGUGACAGGAAGGAAGAACCGGAACAUGUAUGGCCAGCUGAUGCUGCACAUGCUCAGAAGAGGCGUACUGGAGGGACCAUUUGACAAACGUCCUUCUGAUGGCUCACUUCCUACUCUACCUCCAUAUAUGUCCAUCUAUUUCGAUGAGCCAAUGACAGGCACAGAUGGACUAGCAGGGGAGGUUGACAAGGUGCCAGACUGGGUGAACGGAGAGCUGCUGGAAUCUAUGGGGUCCUCCUUGGCGCGCCGGUCACUAGGCAACCCUGCAGCCACAUCCACCUGGCUGUCGGGCAGUUCAACUGUGGCACGUGACGUUCGAGAGAGGUUCAAUGCUGUUUUCUACUCCCCACAUCGUGUGCCAAGACCCUACUCCAGCCUGGGGGUGAGUCUGGACAAGGAUCCCAGUCUGUCCCCACCGAGACGCAGGACCGAGACAGGGGCAGUUGGAUCCCUGCUGACCAGUGACAUGGACUGGAGUAAGCCCUAUAGCUCCACCACAUCUCUGGCCAGCUCGCUUGCUAAAGGUACAACAUUCCAUGAUGACAGCAGCAUAGGAAGAGGAGGGACAAGGGAGAUUGAGCUCAGAACCAAGAUGGUGGAGGCCAAGUACCAUGAAGAGAAGCUGAAGCUCCAGCAGAGACAUGAUGCAGCUGUACAGAAGAUCUUGGACAGGAAGAAUGCAGAGAUUGAAGAUGUGAAAAGCCAUUACCGAGGCAAAGCCAAGGACAUGGAGGACACCAUAACUAAACUGGAGAGGAAGAUCCAGUCUCUGGUGAAGGAGAUGUCAAUGAUGCGGGACAUGAAAGACAGGCAGCUGGCAGAUCUGAAGAAGCUGGUGGAUGACACCAGUGACUCUCACAAGAAUGAGUAUGACAAAAAGCUCCAUGACACUACCGCCCAUUUCGAGCAGGAGAAGUUUGAAAUGCAGAAGCAGCACACUAAGAACAUCCAGGAGAUCCUAGACGACACCAACGCCCGGCUCCAGCGGAUGGAGAAGGAGUACACACAACAGAUGUCUUCCAAUACCAGCGUGAUCAGAGAGCUAGAGUCCAGAGUGCAGCAGCUGACAUUCGAGGUGGAGCAGCAGCUGAAGACGAGGUCAGGCCUGGAGGAGGAGAAGACAACUCUGCAGGGCACAUGUGACCAGCUGACUGCACAACUCGGGGAUGUGAGAGACAGCUACAACCAGUUGGACCGGGAACACCAGCAUGUACAGGAGAGUCACCAACAAGAGAUGCGCACACUGAAACACAAGACUGAAGCCAGUCUGGAGUUCCUCAAACAGGAGCACACACUGGCAGCAGCCAAGGCUGCAGAUGCUGUGAGGGACAUGGAGAUUCAGCUGGAGUCCAUGAGGAGGUCCAUGCAGGAGUCGGAUGAACAGCGCCAGAAUCAGAUCCGGGAGUUAGAUCAAGUUCGACAGCAGGAGAAAUUGAACUUUGAAAACCAGCUUGAUAAACAGAUCCGCAGCAUGAAGCAGGAGCUAGAGCAGAUGGAGCAGGAGUCCCAGAAGAAGAUCCGCGCCUCCGAGCACCUGCUACAAGAGAAGGACCUUGAGAUCCAGAGACUGCGAGAACACAAUAAGCAUCAGGCCCUGUCAGCAGAACGUGCUCUGGAGGAGUUCAAGGCCGAGGUGGAGAAGAACCAGAACCGGGUUUACGAGGAGAUGAAGCAGCAAAUGGCCCAGGUGGAGUCAGACCUCAACAAGUCCAAACAUUCUCGGGAGAAGCAAAACAAGGAACUCAGUAAGCAGCUGGACCAAGAGAGGGGAAAGUUCAACAGGGAGAUAGCAGAAAUGAAGCUAUCGUUUGAACAUGAGAGGUCGCAGAUGCUACAUGACCUUCACCUUCAGAAGGAGUAUAUCUUGUCAGAACAUGAGAAGGCUGUGGAGACACUGAAGGAGGGUCACAGAGUGGAGUUGAGGUCACUGGAGGCUCGGUACAAAGAGAGGAGUGACAAGGACACAAAGAACAUGACAGAGUUUGAGGGCCAAGUGCGAGAGCUGCGAGAGGAGCUUGUACAGUCAAACCAGCUCCGGAAGCAGCAGUUGGUGGAGCUGGGGCUGCUCCGGGAGGAGGAGAAGCAGAAGAUGCUGAGAGACCAUGAGGCAGAGGUGAGUGCGUGUGUGCAUGUGAAGGUGCUGGCAUGUGAAGGGUGCUGGCAUGUGAAGGUGCUGGCAUGUGAAGGUGCUGGCAUGAUUCGACAGCAGUGUGACCAGAGGAUGACGGAGUUGGCUACCCAGCAUGAGCAGGACAAGAAGGCCAUGAAGAAACAGUACACCACCAACGUCACUGCUUUGCAAAAAGAAUUGGAUUCCCAACGAAAUAAGAGUCGAAAUAUGGAGAGACAGCUGCAGAGGGUGGAGGCAGACCAAGAAGAAAAGAUAACUCGACUGAAGCUGCACCAUGAGGAGAAGCUGAGGGGUCUGAUGCCAGCAGUUGUGAGAGAGGAGUUGGAAGACACCAUCAGAUCGCUCCGGUCUCAAGUCAACUCCCUACAGCAGAGAGCAGCAGUGUUACAGGAUGAACUUGACCUCAAAAUCAAAAAUCCCCUGGGAUCGUUCGGAACUUUGACCAGCUCCCCCAUCAUCAAGUCCUCGGUCUGACACACAGGACAGCCAUGUUGUAGUGGACAAUUUCCUGCUCACAGUGCAUAAUGUGGAUGACAUGGCUUUGAGCGACUUCUUCCAGAACUAUUCCAGAUCUGAUGUAUCCUGCACGUUGUGCUGUAUUACAUAUUUUACAGCAAGGAGUGUAUGAAGACCUGCUGUUUUAAGGCUCAUCUAGACGUUUGAGCAUCAACUUGAUCUGCUCGUG